GCAAUAUAAUUUAUCACAGGUGAACUUUCCAGAUGUAGUGCGUUUGCCGAGGCGAUUGAAUCCUAUCAGGUAAAAAAGAUGAUGCAAGCUCAAGUUCUGUCUGCUGUUGUGUAUCGAAUAACCAGGACAAUAAACUAUGGUCACAAGUAUGUUGUUGAUCUCAAAUAUGCAGAUAAUGGAGGAGUGUGUGUUUCUGUUGUGAAUUCUCAAGGUCCCAGAAACAAGUAUCCAAAAGAUACCUCUAUUCGUCAUUUCUUCUUUGGUGAGUCCUGCCUGCGUUAUAUGGAUGAUUCUACUGAACGUAUUAUACUGUUAGAAAACCAAUCGAUUUUUUACAUUAAAGACGUCAGGCAACACAGCUAUAAAAUUUACUAUGAAGAUAACAUUAACACAAUUUGGCCACGGUCAAGUGACAUUUACAUUAGAUACAGUCCAACCAGAAUAGCAUUGUGCAAAAACAAUGCAAUAUUGAUUUGUCUUUGGAAUCAUCAAGUGCAGGAGCGUUCUAUGGGUAAAGUUGUCAAGACUUCAUUUGAAAAGAUUAGAACAAUUGUAUCGGAUGGAGCAUUUUUUGAAAUAGAAUCCGAUAAAGAUAAGCCACUUUUUCGUUGCCCGACCUAUAUAGCAGAAAACGGCAAUGAAGACAUAUGUGUUUCUGAUGUGAACACCGUGGUCGUCACGGAUGCCGGAGGUUUACUGAGAUUUCGAUAUAAAGGGCUGUCAGAUGAUCCACACUUUGACCCCUAUGGUAUCUGUUGUGAUUCACAGAAAAACAUUAUUGUUGCAGACAUGAUGAAAAACAGAAUUCACAUGAUUGAUGAGAAUGGUGGAUUUCUUCACUACAUUCAAUACAAAAAUAUGGACAAACCACGAGCUCUCUGUAUAGACGAGCAUGAUAACCUGUAUGUCGGAGAAUGGUCGUCCGAAGAAAUCAAAGUACUUUCUCCUCAAUGACUGGAGCAAAAAAGAAAAAAAAAGUUUCUCGAGACUGGUGUGCGGUAAUAAUGUAUAUCAAUAUCUCUUACUGUACAUUUUUAAAAUGUCGAUGUCUAAAUUAUUAAGCCUUUGUGUGCAUUUUUGUUAACAAGUAUUGACUAAAUGAUAGUUUAAACAUGAAAAUUGCUUAAAGGAUUUAUAUUGUGUAUUCUUCUAGCAGUGUUUUGUCUUUCAUUUUUUAUGACGAUUCUUUCUUUUUGUACAAUUAUCAACAUGGAUCUUUGUUGUCAUUUUUUUUUAUUUCUGCCUUAAGUCAAAUU